AUGGAUAUUGAUGCUCAACUUCCUCCAAAUUUUGAAUGGUACGAAGAUCAAAUUGCUGGCCAUCAUCCCUCCACAGUCAGAAAUGGAGUAAGACAAAUUGGAAUACUUAAAGAACGAGGCAAAAAACACAUUAUUUUAAAAUUGGUGCAGCCUGGGGAUCGUGGCGAAAGAGAGGUCGCCUUCUAUAGUCGAAUUAAACUUGCAGUUUCCCAAAAGCAGAAAAAUGAUGUCCAAAAGAAUGCCCAAAAGAAUGACAAAAAUGAAGAUAAAAAUGCCUCCUUACUUUUUGAAUUGGCCAAAUUUUUGCCUAAGUUCUAUGGUUGUCGGAGCAUUAAACUCUACGAGAAAGAUUCUCCAAAAGAAUUUCUUCAACUUGAAGAUAUUACUUAUCCAUUCGAAAAGCCCUGUAUUAUGGACAUAAAAAUUGGCAAAGUUACUUACGAUCCAGACGCAACCGAAGAAAAAAGAAUAAAAGAACAAUCAAAAUGUCCUUUCCAGGAAAUUUUGGGGUUUAGAAUUCUUGGUUAUAGGAUUCAUACAGAAACAGAAUUUUACAGCAAGGAUCGAGUAUGGGGAAGGGAGAGAACUUUGGAAAAUUUACAGCAAGCUUUUGAAGAAUACUUAAUCCAAGCCCGCCCUGUCCAAGCUUCAGACAUUUUGGACAGAUUUAUUGAACGUCUCAAAUCAAUCCAAGACUGGUUUUUACAACAAAAGAUGCUUCAUUUUUAUGCUUCUUCUCUUCUUUUUGUAUAUGAAGGACAUAGCCAAUUACCCUCAAUAGUUGAUGUUCGAAUGAUUGAUUUUUCACAUGUUUUUUCAGUGGAAAGUAAAUCCCAACUAGAUGAAAAUUAUAUUCAUGGUUUGCUUAAAAUUAUUGAAAUUUUUCAAAAAAUACGAAACGAGUAUGAUCAGAAAAAUGAAAAUUAG